AAACGAGAGUUUGUUUGAAUGAACAAUAACAACAGCAAAAACUCACCCUGAUAACAACAAGUAGAGUCAUACAAACCGGUUUCGUUCAAUCCUGUGAACUUUACAGAUGUAGAAGACAUUUCUUUAUGUUAUGGAAUACUGGCGGUGUUUAUGUUUUUUAUCGGACCGUAUCCGUUAGCUGUGGAAGUUAACGCUGCACUCUGUCAGCUAGCAACUGAAGCAAAACAGCUCAUGAAUGUUAUAUUGCAGCUAAGACGCUUUCAUUGGUUAUAUUCCUAAAGUUAUACCGCAAACAUAAGCGAUUCCUUGAUUUAUACACUCUCUGUGCACUUUAUUAGGAACACCUGUACACCUACUUAUUCAUGCGAUUAUCUAAUCAGCCAAUCACGUGGCAGCAGUGCAAUGCAUAAAAUUAUGCAGAUGCAGGUCAGGAGCUUCAGGUAAUGUUCACAUCAACCAUCAGAAUGAGGGGGGGGAAUGUGAUCUCAGUGAUUUCAACUGUGCCAUUAUUGUUGGUGCCAGAAGGGCUGGUUUGAGUAUUUCUGUAACUGCUGUUCUUCUGGGAUUUUCACACACACAACAGUCUCUAGAAUUUACACAGAAUGGUGUCAGAAACAUCUAGUGAGUGACAGUUCUGUGGACGGAAAGGCCAUGUUGAAGAGGGAGGUCAACAGAGAAUGGCCAGACUGGUUCGAUCUGACAGAAAGGCUACAGUAACCCAGAUAACCACUCUGCACAAUUGUAGUGAGCAGAAUAGCUUUUCAGAAUGCACAACACUUCAAACCUUGAGGUGGAUGGGCUAAAACCAUAGGAGACCAUGUCGGUCACUUUAUUAGUUCCUUAGUGUUCCUAGUAAAGUGCUCAGUGAGUGUAUUUGAAUGUCUGCAAUAUGCCUAUUUUCUAAUUGCAUUUGUGAUUUUCUUGGUGCAUGUUUCAGCUAGCAAAACUUGGCGAAGGGGUUUGACAAUCUUUUCUGUCUUCCUCUCUAGGUCUUUUUAUUUAUAUUUGGUCAUUGGCAUUUUGGCUGAAUGAGGCAAAACAGAAAUGGCAUCACCACAUACGCUUCAGCCUGUCCUGAAGAUGAAGGUUGACGAGCUCUUCCUCUUUUGGUUGAGUGAGCCGAGCACUCAGGCGAUGCUGAAAGACUACCUGAACAAAAUCAAGAAUGGAGAAGAAAUAGAAUUGAGUCAGGGGGAUUUCAAGAGCAGGAACGCUCUGGUGUUAACAGAAAACAACAACAACAAUUCAUCAAAGAUUUAUGCGACAGAGAAACCAAAUGCGGCCCUUGGCACCUUGUGCAGCCCCCUAUCAGCCAUGCUGCAAUCUGUGAGUGGCAGCAAUAACAGAGCGGGACUAAAUGCGAGGGUCCUGCGACGCUCCGUCAGCAUUAAGAAGGAGGCACAAGCUAAGAAAGAGGAGCCCAUUACACCAGCCUUGAGUGAAAGCAUUCCAAAGUUCUACUACCCGCGAGGACAACCCCAGGCCAAUAUCAACAUUGACAAUCUCAUUUCCAAGAUAGAAAAAAUAUUUUCUCAAUUUCCUGAUGAAAGAGUCACUAUUAACGACAUGGGGCUAGUCGCCAAGGCCUGCGAGUGCCCACUCUAUUGGAAAGCUCCAUUGUUCCAUGCUGCCGGAGGAGACAGGAGGGGAUAUGUUUCCGUUCAUAAGUGUGUGGCAAUGUGGAGAAAAGUGCUUCAGACCUGUCAUGAUGAUGCAUCCAAAUUUUUUCACCUUCUUGCCAAGCCUGGCUGCAAUUAUUUGGAACAAGAAGACUUCAUUCCAUUCCUGCAGGAUGUGGUGGACUCUCAUACAGGUCUGGCAUUUCUAAAGGAGGCUUCAGGCUUUCAAUUACACUACAUUACCACAGUUGUCCAAAGGAUAUUUUAUAAUGUAAAUCGCUCAUGGACGGGGAAAAUAACAUGUUCAGAACUCAGGAGAAGUAGUUUUCUGCAGAAUGUGGCACUACUGGAAGAAGAGGAAGAGAUUAACCACUUGACAGAGUUCUUCUCUUACGAACAUUUCUAUGUAAUCUACUGUAAAUUCUGGGAGCUUGACACAGAUCAUGACUUGUACAUAGACCAGAGAGACCUGGCCCGACAUAAUGAUCAAGCCAUAUCCACCAGAAUGAUUGAGAGAAUAUUCUCAGGAGCUGUAACCAGGGACAGGACGAUUCAUAAAGAGGGCAGAUUGAGCUAUGCUGACUUUGUAUGGUUCCUCAUAUCUGAGGAGGACAAAAAAACUGAGACCAGCAUAGAGUACUGGUUUCGCUGUAUGGACCUGGAUGGGGAUGGUGUGCUAUCCAUGUAUGAGCUUCAGUUCUUCUACCAGGAGCAGUGUCAGAAGCUGGAGACUAUGGCCAUUGAGUCACUGCCUUUUGAGGACUGCCUGUGCCAAAUGUUAGACCUGGUUAAGCCAGAAAUUCCAGGAAAAAUCGGCCUCAGGGACUUGAAGAGAUGUAAACUUGCCCAUAUUUUCUUUGACACUUUUUUCAACAUCGAGAAAUACCUGAACCAUGAACAAAGGGAUUCCUUACUGGCUGCGAGGGAUGCUGAGAUACUAGGACAAGAAAUUUCUGACUGGGAGAGAUAUGCUGCAGAGGAGUAUGAUAACUUGGUGGCUGAGGAAACUGCCAACGAGCAGUACAACGAUGGCUAUGAAAAUGCUCUAAAAGCUGUCGACCACCUUACAUGUGCUUUUGACCUGCACAACGAGAAGAGACCUCUCUUUGAAAUCCCCAACCCUCACUGUAACCUGGAUUUGGAUGAAUAUAAAUACGAGGACGAUUUCGAAUGACAUCCACCAACACUACACCACAAGUAACCAAAGAAAAGCCACCCUCUGGUAGUGUGUAUAACGGGAAGUAGACAGAGCCUGCUCUUAAAGACUGGUACUGCCUGUUUUAGCCAGCCAAGUCUUUAGAGCACAAGGAUGAACUGUCUCCCUGAUGCUGGAUGCCAAACAGUAAACCAGCAUUCUGGCAAGACUCAGUAGGACGGGUUGAGCUAGCGGAGUAUAUCUGUUAGACUGACAUCUGCGCACAGCCAGGUUUCUAAAACAAAUAUAGAUGCUCUGUAGGUUUCAUGUAGCUACACUGGAACCUAACCAGGACAUUUCAAGUACACAUGAAAUAUUGAAUGUGCACUGUUAUUUUUUUACACUUAGAAUUGACUAUUCAGACAUUCCAGAGAUAAACCGAAGUGAUUUCAGAUGUUCACCACCAGCUUGAUUUCAUGGAUGGAUUAUUUCUCAUGGAGCUCUUGUCUACAUGCCUUAUUUGAGGGUCACACUAAAAUGGAAUAAUGCAGUAAUCAGAGUCUGACAUUUUACAGUGUCUGUGUGAGAGGUGUUUCUAAAUUAUAAUGUAUUUAUAUAUAUCAUUGUACAUAUUUAUGUUGUGCUUGCAUCUUGUUUGUUCAAAACCUUUAGGCUUUGUCCAGCUAAAUGUUUUCAACAAAUCAUGUUUAUGUUUGUAUAGAAGUGCUUCCUAACAAUGUACUUUUUUCUUUGUAAAAUAUGAGCUGUUUUACAUCUAAAGAGUUCAAUAAAGUAUUAAGAUACAUUAUUCUUUCAUAAUUUAACACAAGAUACAGUAUAAUCAUCUAUCAUCAGAAUCAAGAACAGCACGUUUUUUUUUUCUAUCACAAAGUGUAUACUGCAUAUUAAUGUUUAUGAAUCAAAACAACUGAGUUAACUACAACCUCUGACAAGAUUACAAAUAAAAAGGCUUAUUGUACCAUCA